CGCGGGAGUCUUGUUUUGUGGUGGCUUCGCCUAGGCAUCUUUAACCGCUCCAUUUUCCGGAGGCCUUUCGGCUGUUUGACGCGAAAUGGCUUUCGGCGACAAAGCAGCGGGCGGCGGGGAAGGAGGGUUCGCCGCGAGCUCUGGCUGCCUGUAGUGAGGGAUCCUGACUUGAGCCCUGACAACUGCUUGGAGGCCUGAGCUUUUUUCCGUUGAAAUCACCUCGCCGACUGUGAAGAUGAGCUCUGCCUGUGUCACUUCUUUCGAGAAGCAGCAUCUCUGGAUGUAUCUGCGGGCGCUCGGCUUCGAGCCAGGCCGGGCCGCCGUAGCCAGCGGGAAGAUCGUGUCACACACGCACCUUGGAGUGAACAUGUUUGACAAGCUGAACCGUGAUGCCUUUCAUAUAGUUUCUUAUUUUUUGUUUCAAACGCUAGACCAGUCUCUCACCAAAGAAGUUUUCAAGUUUUGCUGGCCUCCAUUUGACCAAAAAAGUGACACUGAAUUCCGGAAACACUGCUGUGAAUGGUUAAAAAAGAUUUCUGCGGAGUGUGACAGCUUUCCUCAAGUUGUUGGCUCACUGUUUCUUUCUCCUGGUGGCCCUAAGUUUAUUCAUCUGAUGUAUCAUUUUGCAAGAUAUGUUGCAAUAAAAUAUAUUAAAGCCAAUUCUAAAAAUUCUUCUCUACAUUUUUCAGAAACAUGUAAUGUAAAGACCCAAGAUAUGCAUAAGUGCCUUGCCAGAUGUCUUAUAGCUCGUAAUAGAUUUUUACAGAUUUUACAGAGAGAAGAUUGUGUUAUCCGGAAAUAUCAUGAAAAUGCACAAUUAUCAGUUAAGCAACUUCGGAAUUUGAGAUCUGAAUACAUAGGAUUGCAAAACCAAAUAAAAAAAAUGGAACCCUCCGAUGACCAAAGUAUUCUAAAAGAGAAAAUUGAAAAGGUUCGAUCUUUGUGGACCUUAGUAAAUGAAACGCUCAUGGUUUUGGAAAAAGAAAGAGAAGUUGUUAAUUCAGUCCUUAGUCUUGUUAACCAAUAUGAUUUAGAUGGAAGUAAUGUUGUUAUUAAUAUUCCAAGUCUCUUACUUGACAAAAUUGAGAAACAAAUGGGGCAGCUGCACAUAGGAAAUGUUUAUGAGGCUGGAAAAUUGAACAUUUUAACAGUUAUUCAGUUGUUAAAUGAAGUCCUGAAAAUAAUGAAAUAUGAACGUGGUCAGUCUGACCAAGCAAGAUUCACAAUAGAUCAUCACUACCUUGAAAAAGAGACCAAAUUUCAGAAGGAGAGAUUAUCAGAUCUGAAGCAUAUGAGGUGUAAAAUAAAAGAAAAUCUUACUACUAUAAGACAGUCUAUUGUUGAAAAGCAAGAAGAAUGGGAUAAGAAAUGGAAGGGAUUUCUUGGUGUGUCUCCUUUCAGUCUAUUUACUGGUCGGUCUCCAGCAGUGGAUCUUUUACCACCUAUGGGUCCCCUCUCAUUUGAUCCUGUCUCGGAGGAAGUAUAUACAAAGAGUGUUCUUUUUCAGUAUCCUGCUUCACUUCCAGAAAUACCUAAGCAACAUAAACAAGAAAAUGAUUGCGGAAGAGACAUUGAUACCCUGGGAGCUGUGUGUGACAUAGCCAAAAGUUCUGCUUCCUUCCUAUUGGAAUCAGCUUCAUCAUCAGAGAGAAACAGUGUUGCACUACCUAAAAAGGAUACAGUGAUGAGAGCUCCCAAAGAGAAAGAUGGAAUAAUUUCUAAGAAAAUACCAGAACUUAGCAGACAAGACUCUCCAUUGUUGAAUACUGCAAAACACAAAGAGAAUAGAACAUGUGGGCGUCCUCUGCCGGCCAAAAACAGUGAUCCAUUCCAAAAAGAACAAGAUCAUCUGGUAGAAGAGGUUGCUAGAGCAGUUUUGUCUGAUUCACCACAGCUCUCUGAAGGAAAAGAAGUAAAAUUAGAGGAACUAAUUGACUCUAUAGUUUCUAACCCCUUCUUAACAAGGAAACAGAUUCCCCGAACUCCAGAAAGCUUGAUAACUGAAAUUAGGAGCUCAUGGAGAAAAGCUAUUGAAAUGGAAGAUAUCAGAAAUACAGAACCAAUUCAAAUGGAUACUGACCAUGCAGAAGUAUUGCCAGACUCUGUACCUGUGUUGCACCAUCAAAGAGAAUUUAGCAUGGCCAGUUUUUUCUCGGAUUUUGACCCAUCUUAUUUGCCUGAAGAGAAAGUUGUUUUGGAUUCUCUUGAGGAUGUGCCUCAGAAACAUGAGGCGAACAGUCAUAUAGGUGAACCCCCAACAGAAAAUAAGUCAGAUUUGUUAAGUAAGAAAACAGUUUGUAAGCAAGAUUUAGAAUGUAUGACUUUACCCACUAAGCGUUCAGAAACUAGCUCGAUAGAGGGAUUCUCCUCUUCUGUACAUAAUAGCAUCAGUAUGCUGAUGGAUAGAAGUAAAGAUAAGUAUAUUAAAACAUCAGGCCACUUACAAGCUUCUAGUGAUGAAACUCCCAUGCGUAAAACUGUGUCAUGGGACUCUUUUCAAGUAUUAAGCGGAAUUAGUUCUAAGAGUCUCAAUGAUAUGGAUUUUGGCAUAUUACAUGAAACUCUUCCAGAAGAAGUCGGUCACCUAAGUCUUAAUAGCUCUAGUAGUUCUGAGACCAAUUUUAAACUGGAAUCAAACAGCCCUGGGCACUGUGGCAUUUUUCCGGAUGAUGUUAUGAAAGGAAGACCCACUACUCCAGAAUCAGAGUUCAAUUUUCAGGCUAUUCACCAUAGUUACGAGGCUCUAAAGAAAUCUCUUUCCAAGACAAGGGAAGAAUCUUACUUCUCUAAUCCUGAAGUACUUGAAAGACAGCCAGAAGUGAGUAUUACAGCCAAAAACAUGCCAGAAGGAAAUAUACUUCACCUUUUGGAUGCUGAUGAUUUGCUCAUUGACUAUGCAAAGCCAUCUGUAUGCACACCCCUUGGUGAAAGAAAACGGUCUCUGUCACCACUAAUUAAGUUUUCUCCAGUGGAGCAAAAAUUGAAGACCACAGUACCAUGUAGCCUUGGAGAACCAUGUAGUAGUCUUGGAGAACUUUUACCCAAUGUAAAAGAAGAAGAAAUCAUGAAUAAGAGCCUGGAUGCAAACAAAUGACUCGACAAGCUGAUGCAGUACCUGACUAAUUUAACUAUGAUGUAUUUAAAUUGAAGCUGUGUUGCAGAAUGGAAACUGAUUUAUAACUUAAUACAUGUUGGAAGUGUAACACUAUUUUUCAAAGAUGUAUAAAGAUCCUAAAUACCUUUUAGCCUCUUGUAAUGUUUUUAGAUAAGAAAAGUGUAUUUGUAUAUUUUUCUUCAUAAUGAUAUGAAGAUGAAAUGUGAAGUUUUUUGAAAGCAAGUGUCAAGUUAUGGGAAGUUAUUUUGUUAUUGUGAAUAAUCUUGAAAGCAUUAAGUAAAUAACAAAAGUAGUUUAAUUUAUAAUUUCAGUUAAUUAAUAUAAAGAAGCGUAGCUUUUGAUGUACUGCUACUAAUUGGAUAAACUAAUAGCCACUAAAUAUACUCAUCUUUCAUUUUAGAGAACUAAAACACUUAAUUGGUUCUCUAUGGAACAUUCUGGUACUAAUUAAAAAAGUGAGAAAAGUAGUACCUUGGGAUCUUUGUCAAAAAGACAAAUUUUAAAAUUGUCUAAAAUGUUCUAAAUUGAUUUAAGGAUUAUUCAAGUAGAUUCUGAAAGUCCAAUUUGAUGGAAUAAAGUACAUGUGGUAAGUAAAGACUAGGGCAGAGAUUUAGAGAAAAGGAAAAAGGUGGAAGAUGAUGACACUUAAGGAAACUGUCAAACUAUAAAUCCAUUCAUGGGGUUGUAUAAUAUUUCUAUUUAGUCUAAUUUAGACUGCAAAUUUAAUGCUAGUUUAUAUUUUAACAAAAUGUGUAAAUUAAAAAAAAUUAUUAGCCUGUUUAA